AGAGGGAGACGGCACAAGCAGUUUGCUUCUAAAACCGUCGCCGGUUCCCGUCCGUCAGAUAGCUACGUAUUACCAGCCCGCCUUGGUUUGCUUUUACUCUGCCUCUGUUCGUUCCGUUUGUCAUAUUUUUUGAGUUGGAAUCCUUGUGUGUUUGUUGUAUCUGUGUCCUGUGAGCGUCUGGACGAGUUUCUGUCGACAUACACAUUCCGUUCAAGAAGUUCAUUCAACCUCCGAACUGCUCCCAGAAGCGCAAGAGAGUUCGGUUUCUCAAGUCUUCCAAGGAACUAACUGUUGUUGCUCAUUGCCGUAGCCAGAGGCUCUCUUGGCCACUCUCUUCUCCUCUACCGAUAUCCACCCAAGCCUAAAAACGGAGUUGGACGACCAUUCGGAAGAGUCAGCCGGCCUCAUGAACGGAAUGGAGGGCGGCGGCGGGGGCCAGCAGAACGGCGGCUGUGAGGACUCGAAGACGAAUCUGAUCGUCAACUACCUACCACAGACUAUGACACAGGAAGAGAUCAGGUCUCUCUUCUCCUCCAUCGGUGAUGUCGAAUCCUGCAAACUAAUCAGAGAUAAAGUCACAGCAGGUCAGAGUCUGGGCUAUGGAUUUGUAAAUUACGUUCGGCCGGAAGAUGCAGAAAAAGCCAUUAGCACUCUCAAUGGUUUGCGGCUGCAAAAUAAAACAAUUAAGGUCUCAUAUGCCCGUCCUAGCAGUGAAGCCAUAAAGGGUGCCAACCUGUACGUGAGUGGCCUUCCCAAGGCCUUCACUCAACAGGACUUGGAGGCCCAGUUCUCCCCAUUCGGGCGCAUCAUCACCUCCAGAAUACUGUGUGAUAACAUCACAGGUAAUAGUGGCGGUCUCUCAAAAGGUGUGGGCUUCGUCCGCUUCGACCAGAGGAUGGAAGCGGAACGGGCCAUCAAACAUCUCAACAACACAAUCCCGGAGGGCGCCACGGAUCCCAUCACUGUCAAGUUUGCCAACAACCCGAGCAACAACGUUAAAGCGCUGGCGCCCUUGGCUGCCUACUUGUCCCCUCAGCGCAGGUUCCCGGGGCCCAUCCACCACCCCGCCAACCGCUUCAGGUACAUACCUGUGACUCCUGCCGUUCCGUCCAGGUACUCUCCAUUGGCCGGUGACCUAUUGGCCAACCCUCUACUGGCCGGCACUGCCAUAAAUGGCUCAGGAUGGUGCAUAUUCGUCUACAACUUAGCUCCGGACACUGAGGAAAACCUUCUGUGGCAACUAUUCGGUCCCUUUGGCGCGGUGCAGAGCGUCAAGGUCAUUCGGGAUUUGCAAACCAACAAAUGCAAGGGCUUCGGUUUCGUCACCAUGACUAACUACGACGAAGCGCUGGUCGCCAUUCAGAGCCUCAACGGAUACACCUUAGGCAAUCGUGUCCUUCAGGUAUCCUUCAAGACGAACAAGUGCAAGUCUUAAGCGUCGUUGUCACCUCGGGAUACCUAAUAUAACGGCUACCUCGAUCGUCAAAACAAAAACAACACCCAGAAUUCUCCUUUCUUUUCGAUCUCUCUUCUUUCUUCUCCACUUUUAUCAACUAUUCUGUCCGAAGAGGAACUAGCUUUUUUUUUUUUUUUUUUUUUUUUUUUAAUUUCAUAUGCGAGUGCUUCUGCAUUCCUUAAAAAUAUUACUCGCAUUUUCGUUGGAUCAUUCACGUUGUGCGUUCGCAUGCAAUUGAAUUCGAUUUCAUAUUUUUAACAAGUCUAAUUUUAUUAUUACUUACUUUUCAUUUUUGACUUUAAAAAAAGUAUACGUCUUUGUUUGGUAAAAACCAAUGAGAAAAAUUAAAGCUGUUCCUCUGCUUUGAUUUAAACAUUCUCUCAGAGUACAACAUUGCUACUUUAAUUGUUAUCUGUUACUUGUCGUGAGAUCCUUUUUUGUAAUCACGUUAGUUUUCUGAACUGUAAAAAAUGUUCAAAUUUUGCAUUUUACAAGUACCAUUACUUAUUUUCUAAGUUGUGAUUUGCAGUCUAUCAACUUUUAGUCAUUAAAAUUAUAUAUUCAGCUGGGAGAUAAGUAUUGGCGAGAUGAAACUAACAGAGAACAUUAAUUGAAUAAUAUAAAAAAUUUAAAAAAUUGUGUUUGUGUAAGUCUUAAAAAAAGAUUUAAGAAUACCUCUAUCAUGCAAUGUAAUAUAAUAAUAAUUGUUUGAUUAUUUAUAUAAUACAAUUUAUGUAAAUAUGAAAUGAUUAUGCAUUUGAAAUGACAGUAAGAAUAUAUAACGUAUGAUUUACGUAAUAUAUUCAAGUACCAAUCAUCUGUAAUCAUCCAUCAGUGAUGUCGUUCAGCUGGCGAAUAAUAUCAUCAUCGUCUGUAUAUUUUAUAAAUUUUGUAAAAAUCAUAAAAGAUAAUAUACUUAUUGAUCAGUAUAGGUUUAAAUUUAAUGCCAAAUGUAUUUUAUUUUUUUCCUUCAAAUUUUUAAUACUGCUUUUCUGAUAAGUUCUCAGUUAAUAUGAUUUUGAAAAAAUACCAUUUUCUAGUCAUUGUAACUUAUUCUCUAUUUAUUAUUCAAAAUAUUUAUUUUAUUUUAUUUUUUCGUAUUUAAUUUCUUUUAGUUUUGUGUUUCUUUGGUUUCUUUAUUUUGCAUGGAUAUGUAUUUUCCCUUUUGUUUUCAUUUGCAUUGUAGAUUUCUUAAUGAUAAUUAAACUUUUGUUCUUUUGAUUUAUGCAUUUUUGCGUUUAUUUUUUUCGUGCGUUUGUAAAAAUACGUUUUUAAUGCAUGGAGACUUCAAAUCAAACAUGAAUUUUGCAUGCACUGAACUUACUACAAUUAUUUUUUAAAACUAAAAUUUUAAAUUAACAAAAAACGUGUCUCAAUUAUUAAAUCAUUUACUAUUUACAUAAAUUCAUUCAGUACUAUUUCAUUCAUUCUAAAAGUAUAUUCUUUAAUUUUUAAGACAUCUGUAAUCUCAAAAAAUCUCAAUUAAGAUUAUCCAAACGCAGAUAGACAGUUAUAUUGUUCUGCAUAUAUCAUGAAAAAUCAGUAAAUAUUUUCCAAGAUAUCUUGGUUAAUAAAACUGGCCGGGCUCAUUGCAAUAGCCUAUUCAUAAUUUAAGCAAAAUAGUUCGAAUUCUCUUUUAAUUCCGAAAAGUGAAAGACAUUUUGUAACGACUGUUGAAUCUUUUGCAAAUAUUAUUUAGUUCGAAAGCCUUGAAAAUGUAUUAAUUUAAUUUAGAUACUUGUAUAUCAGUCUCAGAAACUAGAAAAGGCUGGAUUUCCUGUUCCGAAGAGAACUUAUUACUGAAAUUACCACAUAAAUUUAUGGGAACACAUUUUAAAUACCUAAGCAUUACUUCGUUAAUUUGCAAAAGAUAAUUUCUAAAAUUCCAGACAAUACUAGACAAGGCAUUCCUAAUUGAUGAAAGAUAUAGUAUAGCUUUUUCUAUAAUUUUCAAUGCAUGGUAAUUUAUUUCACAUUCAUUUCUAACAUUCUAUAUGAAUAUGAGGAAAGGCGCUUUUCUGUUACUAAACGCAUAAUCUUUUUAAUUGCUUUUUAUGUCUUUUUUUAAUAAAUUAUUUUGUACUUCAGGAAAUACAUUUAUUAUUGUCAUAGAAAAUUUUAAUUCGUAGGAAAAGAUUUAAAAAAAGUAAAGUGUAAAGAAGAUCUAAUAAUUAUAACAAUUUAUAAUAGAAUUAUUUGCUUUCAGUUCACAGUGGAUACAUUCAUUUCAGUUUAAAUGAGAAUAGUUUAAAUUAAAAUAACGACAAUUUACCUUCGCCAACAUUCCAAACUAACCCAUCCUAAUGAAUAAAUAAUAAUCGACUUGAUCAUCCGUUACUAACAGAUAAAUAAUGGUCAUCGUGAUCAUCCGUUCCUAAUGGAUAGAAAAUAAUCAUCUUGAUCACCCGUACCGAAGGAUACAGAAUAACUAGAAAUCAAAAGCAUUGCAUUUGAAAAAUUUCAGCUGUGUUCUUAUUUCAAAACCAGAUUUUCUUCAAUUUAAUACGAUUCAUUACUUUUUACGUAAAGUAUUUAUUUCAAAUUGCUUUUUUUAAAAACUAUUUUUUCUUCAUCACUCAAAAGUAUGUCUGAAUUCUCUUGAUAAUAAAAAUAUGUCUUAAUAAAGAACGGCAUUUAAAAUUAACUUGCAUAAAUUUUAUAUAUAAAUAAAUCAUAUAAAUAACUUCCAUACAUAAAUUUGCCUAUCUAAUCUAAAUAUCUAUUAGAAUCGGUUAAAAAACUGAAAGCGUCAUUUAGCUGAAAAUUAAUUCAAAUCCAGCUUUUUUUCUUUCCUGAAACUGUAAUACAUUCUGGGUGAAAAAAAAUGACUUCCAUUAUAUGCGAGGUGCACAAGAUGUACUCAGAUGUAGCACUUCUUGUCUUCUUCUCCCAUAAAUUAUUUCUCGUAAACUAAUUUGACACUCGUUCCUAAAAUAAAAUGGAAACGUUAUAAUGAAUGUUACACCGACUAUUUCAGCAGACGAAUAAACGUUUGGAUUUUCAUAUGUGAACGUAACUGCAUUUGAUCUCAUAAGAGUAUUCCUAUACUGAAAUAGAACUUAUUCACUGUUCUGGAGUUUGUAACUUGAUCAUUGUUCUGGAGUUUACAUCUUAGUCAUUGUUUUGAAGUUCUAAAAAUGUACUGUAUAAGUUUGAUUUUAACUUAAUAAGUGAAUCUACUUACAGAUUCUUCGACAUUUUAAUCCGAAUUCAAAACCUUCUACACAUUUAAAAUUAGUCACAACUUGGAAACAAAAUGGCUGUUUAAAUAUUAGCUGCGGCAUGCACUCAAUAAAUAUAUUUCAAAAUUAAUUUGCAAUGGAUAUAAGGUACGUAUGGAAGAAAAACCUUGGUUAUAAAAGUAUUCCAUUCUUCAUCUGUAAACUGAAAUGAACAUCCAACAAUUUUAUCGAUCAUCCAUUCAACUUAGACAGAAAGGAACUCUAUAUGCAUAGAGAUCAAAUGUGGUACGAUUUAUUAAGGAUAUGUAUGCUUAUAUAUAUAUACAUAUAUAUGUAUUGGAAAAUGUACAUACGAGGGAUGAUCCCAUUUUAUGACAUUUUUAUACCAGGUACUGUUACAUGUCAUCCCACUGUGUGUUAAGGAUUUUGAAAUAGUUGUAGUUUUAAAAGUUGAUCUAAAACAAAAACUUCGUCCCAAACUUGUGACAUCUUGACACUUUUCGUAUUUGAAGAUUUUGGCUAAUUUUUAAUUUACAGAUCGAUUCUUUGUGUUUAAAAAUUUGAAUCUAUGGGAUCCAAAUCGGGUCCAUUUUAAAAUUAAAGUAAAGUGAUUUAAAACUAACUUUAUAGAUUGUAUAUUUUAAAAUAUGUCUUUGAGUCAUUUUGAAAUGAGUAACAGAGUUAAAGAGAGUUAAUUAAAAUCAUGUUACAAGUGGUAUGUAUUCCAACAAGUACUCUGUUUCUUACCUGUAUGAUAAAAGAAUUACUUAGAUUUAUAAUUUAAGUAAAGGAUCUAAAUUUCCAUAUUUGAAUUAUAUUCUUUAGGCUUAAUGUUCUAAACUGGCACGUUAAAAUUUUGUUGUUAGGUUUACGGUUGUAAACUGAAUAUUAGAACCCCAGUUGUUUAGGAUUAAGAUUGAAACUCAGUUAUUGGAAUUAUAUUGUUUAAAUUUAAGAAAGCGCAUCUAAACGGCCAUAGAGCUCCGAUUCUAAUCUCAAUACUAAUGAAAAACGUAUUCAAAAUGCCGGUUUAAAAGGACAGGAAUAGGUCUGUAAACUAAAAGUUUACCUAAAAUUUGCAAAAUGUCUUCAAAGGUAGAUUUCCCGAAAUGUGUUCUUUGUGAAUCUCCUUCUUAUAGUUUUGCUACAAAGGAACAUUUUUGACCUCCUUCUGGUGCUUGGUCUUUUGCAGGUGCUUCACAGGUGUGUUCAAACCCAACACGCCAAUGUUCGCGAAUUUCUGCUAAACGUUUACGAGACUUUUUUCGAUACAGAAUUGAAUAACUAAAAAAGUCAAUUUUUAUAUGAAUGAAUCUCUCUAUAUAUAUAUUUAGAAAUAUAUAUAUAUAUACAUAUUAUAUAUUCUUGUUCGUAUACAUCACAUUAAUCAAUGAUGAACGUUUGUGGAGGUUGUUGUUAUGACAAUGCCUUUUGCUUUAUAUUUGCUAAUCGUACCAAAAUUUAUCCCAGAUGUGAGAUCAGGUGGUAAGGAACUUGUUGUAGAAUGUGUGUAUCGUGCUCAACUUCUAAAUAAUCGAUUUCAGUGAACCACGUACGCAAUUGUUCACGUAUGCAUUAGUAAAAUAUUUUAAGUAGAAAUAUUUUUUCAAAUUAGAAGCUCAAAAUCUGUAUUUUCGGAUUGGAAAGGACUCUAAAUUAAAACCUUUUUCCCUCAGUCCAGAUCAUACAUACAAAACUGUAAAUUAUAACCCGCUAAUAACUAUUUUAAAUACUUCGUUUUCAGUUGUACUUAAAUCAAGUUAAACAAUACUUAUUAUUUAUUUUUAUUUGUACAAUGAUCCGCGCAGUGAUUUUAUUACUUCUGAAAGUUGCCUUUUUGAAAAAAAUUCUAGGAAAAGAAAAAACAAAAAAUAUUAAUCCAGUUUAAGGACCUGAACUGGCAUAUUUAAAAUGUGUUAUUUAGAUUUGAGGAUCUAAAUAAAAGAAUAUUAAUACUGAUUUAUUCUUUCUUAGGUCCUUUACUCUAUACGUUUUUUUUAAAUUUCACUGAUUUCCUCAAUCGAAAAUUUCGAUAUUACUUACAAUACGUACCUAUUAAUUUAAACCAGUUAGCCAAUUAUUAAAAAGAACAAUAAGCUUUGCCUAGAUAAUUUAUAGCAUAGAUUAUUACACAUUUUAAUACGGUUUAUCAAUUUUAAAUCAUUACUAAAAAUAUGAUUAAAAUUUUCUCUGCAUGAGGUUUCUUCCACGUUCUUUUAUAAUAGCGAAUAUAAAGAUAAAAAAUUCCUUAUCUUUAUCAGUCUUAUCGAAGCUAUUAAUUUUUGCUUCACAUUAAUUGGUUUUUAUAAAUAAAAUAUGCUACUAUUGUAUAUGUGAAUUUAAAAAAAUGAAUGUAUGCCGUCUAAGAUGGCUUCAUAACUUUUUUAUAAAGAAAUGAUGCAAGUCAGAAAAUUAGUCAAAAUUUCAAGCCUGCCUUUUUCAGGAUUCAGAUUUGCAAGAAAUAAAUUUUUGAGAACUUAGAAUAGUUUUGAAUCCAAGCUUUUAUUGAAGCCAUCUUAAAAUGUGAGAAAAGGAACAAAUGAUAAGUCACUGAGAACUUUUAUCUGGGAUGUUAAAGGUUCAAAUAAAUUUUUAAUUACACAGUUUUUUACCGUCGGUACCGAUAUAACUGUUGUGAUGUAACUGGUCUCAGUUAUGUAGUUUCGAUAUUUUGUUUCGAACAUAUUUUUUAGGUGACGAAAUAAAUACAUCGCCAACUUUCACAGGCAAUAAUAUAUGUUGGAAGAGUUUGGGAAAUCAUGGUGGCUUCGGGUUAGAACCCAACCUUGUAUUAUACAAAGGAGAAUUACAGCUGGAAGUUUUAGAUUUCUGUGUGUCGCACUUUAAAAAACGUUGUGAAUCUCAAAACAGUUUAGUUUCCAUGGUGUAAUUAGCUUUGUCAUCUGGUAUGUUUUUUACGCAGUGGCGGGACACUUGCUAGUUAAGCAUUCGUCAGACUUCGAAACUGAGAUGCGCAGAAAAUCGCGUUUUCUCCCUUCUGAUUUUUAUUUUUGAGGAGUUGUAUUUUAAUCUAUUCAGUUUUCCUUGGAUACCAAAUCCUUCAGAACAGUUUAAUUUAUUGUCUGAUGCCUGGAAGAAUAUAAGUAGAAUUUAAACUCCUUAUGGAAGGGGAAAAUAAAACCUUUCCGUAGCUUCAAGUGCGACAAUAAAACAUAUGUGAACUUUUCAUUAGACUAUAGGCUGGUUAAUAAGCAUUGUUUGUAAUUAAGAAGUCUGUCGAGCUUGACUAGAAAUCAGAGAUAAAAAAAUGAAAAUGUUGUUAUUGUUAUCCACACACAAAACUGUGUAUCGCACAGUGAAGUAGACUAGAUAAAGAAUGUUGACUAGUUACGUUUGGACAAAACGAAUUGGAAUAACAAAAUAAGACCACCUACUUGAAUCAUAUUGUCAAUGCACAAACAACCAUUUUCAUAUGCAUAAAAAAAGUGCAAGGAUCUUCAGUGUGACUUCUUGAAUCCAAAUCCCUGCAUUACUAGUUUAGUCUUCUGGUUUGAAACUAAAUUUUUCAUUACUUAAGAUCGAGUUUCUGUUCUAGAAUUCGGUACAACUUCCAUGUAUCUUCAUUCGAAGAUUAUCUUUUCUUAAAAAAGAAGUUACCAUUAAUUUUUAUUUAAAAAAUUUAUUUAUAUUUAUUAUUUACAUCACUUCGGCUAUUUAAAAAGAAAAAUUUUCAAAUAAAAAAAUUUUUGAUUAUGAAUAUGUUCGAAAGGAAUUUUGUUAGAUGCUCAUUAAACAUAAACGAAGAGGCUUAAGUUGUAGAAUAUACUUCAAUAAGAAUUUUCAUAAAAUUUCUUUAUUAAUUACCAUAAUUUAUUUCUUAAACUGCACAAAUUUCACGAAUUUCACUUGUUAAGUUUUGGGCAUGAUUACGUUAUUAGCAAUCAAGAAUUAGUUUACUCAAGCUCCGUUCUAGAGCUCAUUUUUAUUUCUUCAAUUCAUGUACCAACUCAUUUAAAGAGAUGAUUCGAAAUCUUUGGAGGUGAGUAGGCCAAACUCCUAAAAUUGACAGCAAUUUCGUAAACACUCGAGUAUGAUAUGGUGCAAAAAGUAUUCUUCUUGAUAUUAAAAAAGAAAAGAGAACGGAGCGUUCCACACCAGUAAAUGAUUUUGUACCAUAAAAAAAAGGAUUUCUUUCAAGCCACAAGAAUUUACCUCUUGAGUGUGUUUCGUGAAACGUUCUUGAAUAACGCAUGUCUGCUUUCAUGGGAAUGUCUGCCCUGACUUGAAGGGAUAUAGAAUGAUGACAACUCCUGUGGCAUCAGGCAUCUGUAAUUCCUUCUCGCCAACUAUUCUGAGAUAGUUCUCUUGAUUCGAACUGCGGCUGAGCAGUGGCCGCCAUUUCUACUUUGCCGAUUGGUUCGUUGUAAAUACCACUUAAGAUGAACAUUAGACUUUUUGACAAUUUGUUUAGUCUCUACAAUCUGUUUCUGUCUUAGGCCGACCCUACUUAGUCUUUUACUUCUUCGUACUCUUUCAGGAACACUUUAUUUCUUCUAACAUUUUUUCUAAAUGUGAGAGUACAAUGAUAUCUUUAGUGAGUACUAGGUUUUUCUCCUUAGCUUUCUCUUAAGCACUUCGUGGAACGAGGAUUAUAAACAUUCCAUUUAUGACUAUACAUAAUAUUUAUAACCUCUAGUCUUAAUUAUUAUACAUUAUUUAUUAAAGACGGCAGAAAUAUACUGGAAUUGAAACUGAAACUGAAACUGAAAUCACGACUUCUUUUGAAUCUCGUCGAAAACAAUAAUGGUCUGGCAAAGCAUUAGAAAUAUAUACAGAAAGAGAGAUAAACAUGACUUUAUUUUGCACCCACGAAGUCUUUUCGCUUAGUGGCCAAAAAAUCAAACUUAGUUGCGAAAGAAAGGUAUACCGUAGAGGUUUUAGCAGAAUACGUUUAACAGUUAAAGAAAUGCGUAAAAAAUAUAAUAGCAACCUCAGUAUAAGGAAUAAGCGAAAGGAUAGGUGCAAAACUUUUAAUAAAAAGCCUUAACAUUUUCAAGAAGAUCGUUAAAGAUUAGAAAAGAGAAAAAAUUUCAAAAGAAUUUAAGUAUUCUUUUGGAUAAAGUUUGUCGGCUGCAUUCAACUGAUGUUUCUAAAAAUGCGAGAUAAACGUUAUUCCUGAUGAAAUUGCUUCAUGCAGAAAAUGUAUGCGACUAAACAAAGCACAAAGAAUCUCAUUCGCUUAUUAAAGCUCUCUCCAAAUAAAAAAUUGAAUAAAAUAAUUUCACUGUCUUGAAAGAAAAUGAACAAUUAACUUCACAUUUCAAACUCUGCUAUCUUUCUGCCGUCUGCAUAUUUAGCUUAUUGUAUUAUCUGUUAUUUAUUCCAGAUAUUCCAUGUUAAUAUAUUUAUUUAUUUAUUAAAUUUCCGAAAAUCCUCGGGAUUUUUUCAGGAAAUAAUAAAAAGAAAAGUGGUCUAAGUGAAUUAAGAAACGUAGAUGGUUAAACUUCUAUGUAUUCAUGGAUUGCUUUUGCUUGCUUUUAAAAAACUGUACAUUUCGUAGCAAUUUUAAGUCGAAUUUUUCCUAAUGCUAAGUAUGUCAUUUGUCAAUGUUGUCUUGUUUCCAUUAAAUCUGUGGCAUUUUUCAAUUAUUUGUGUAUGUGUAGGUAUACUAAGUAUAUAUAACAGCUCGAUUUAUUGUUAUUUAUUAAGCUUGCUUAGGAACUUCUAGUGUCAAAUUUACUAUAAGUAUUUCAUUUAUUACUUUUCGUGUAACAUGCAUAUUUCUGAUACGUUUAUAUUAGAUUUUGGUCCGAAACAGCAGUUGCUUAGCACUCAGCCAUGGCACACAGAAAUCAUAUAUCUAUGCGCUUAAUAUAAAAAUACAAAUACAAAUAAAAAAUUUUAAUUUUGUAUAUUACAUAUUUCAGAAUUAAAAAAAAACAUUAAAAACUAAAAUUUUCGUUACGGUCCACAUCGAAAUGGAUUUAUAUCUGAAUACCAUAUGAAGAAGCAAUAAUUACUGCAUAGCUGUUUAAGCAUCGUCAUAAGCGGAUUUUUUUAAAGCAUUGGAUAACAUAUUGGCCUUUUUUAAUAGUGCGUCUAAUCUGAAUCGGGUGCAUAAAGACAGAUGGAUUUCGCUAAUGUUAAGUAACUGCUGGCAUAGGGCCUUUAUUAUCUACUUGUUUGAAUCUUGCAAUUUUCAAUGUUAGCUACUCCAAGCAGUUUUAAUAUGUAUUUGCUUGUCAUGAUUUAUAAUUCGCUUCUUUCGAACCGGAAGUUCAAGUGAUCUUUAAAAAAGCGUACUGAAAGUGAUGCGGCUGGUGCCUUCGUGUGCGGGGAACGGAGGGACAUAUUAACCGGAUCUCGCUUCCUGAGGAAGUCUGCCACGGAACGAGAACAUUCGGUGCAUUAAAAUCAUGUCUUCAAACUUGCAGUCGCAGACAAACCAGCUUGCAUUUUCCCCCUUUCGAGUGUUUAUGUUCCUUCUUUCAGAAAACCGAAAGGGAUUUUUCUACACAAAUAAUAAUCAUAAAAAAAGACAGAAGCGAAUAAUGAAAGAACUGGGAAAAGAAAAAUAUUCCUUUUUGCAAAUGCUGGAAAUUGUCACAGUUUGCUAAUGCUGAAGAUUAAAAUAAAAAAUACGAAAACAAACUGCAUAGGGUGAUUGUCUUGCAAAUAUUUGUACUUUUGCAUGUUAAAAAUUCAAUAAAUUUCCGCCUAUUGGGAAAAAAAGUA